AUGCGUCCGCACGAGACGGAGCAGGCCUUCGCUGGGGACGGCCCCGGCUCCGCGGAUCCAGCCGCAGGCACUCCCGCACCCCCGCCCGCAGCCAGCCCAGCUCCUGAGCCCUCAGCUAAGACCACCCCCGCCCCCGCGCAGCCACCCGGGGCUGGACCCGCAGCCGGCGCAGCCCCCGAGUCCCGACCGGGGUCAGGACCCCCAGCCGGUGAUUGCCCGGCCUCCGAGGCAGGAGCCCCGCGCGCGUCCUCAUUCUCGGCCGUCCAGGGGGAUGUCCAGUCUGUGCUCGGCCACUCGAACGCGCCCUGGACCCGCUUAAUAUUCCAAGGGCCCUUUGGUGCCCCGGCUGCCGGCAUGGGGACUGACAAGGCGGCGGGCAUCUGGAAGACGCCGGCUGCCUAUAUCGGCNNNNUCCCUGACCUGGUUGGGCCUUUUCUCAUUGCCCUGCCUCCUCCUACAGUGCUGUGUUCUGACCGACCCCCACCAGUUAAGAAGAUCACCCAGGAAGAUGUCCAAGUGAUGUUAAGUUUACUGGAGGAGAGAGAGCGGGACCUGAGUAGCCAGUCCCUGCUGAAACAGAACAGUGCUCUGAUGGAGGAGAACAGCAAGCUGGAAGCCAUGCUGGGCUCGGCAAGGGAGGAGAUUUUACACCUCAGACACCAGGUGAGCUUGCGGGAUGACCUCCUUCAGCUCUACUCAGACUCUGAUGAUGAGGAAGAGGAGGAGGAGGAGGAAGAAGAGGAGGAGGUGGGAGAGAAUGAGGAAGAGGAAGAAGAGGAAGAUCAGCAGUGUGAUUAUUCCCAUGAUGCCCCCAAGCCGACUCCGCUGAAGGAGUCGCUGCACCACUGUCCACAGCUGGAAGCCCUGCAGCAGAAGCUGUGGCUGUUGGAGAAGGAGAACAAUCAGCUGAGAGAGGAGGCCGCCCAACUUGACACCUUGGAGGAGGAGGAGCAGAUGCUCAUUCUGGAAUGUGUGGAGCAGUUUUCGGAGGCCAGCCAACAGAUGGCAGAGCUGUCUGAGGUACUGGCGCUCAGCAUGGAAAACCAUGACCAGCAGCAGAGGGAGGUCGGCCAGCUGCGGGCCCAGGUCAUGACACUGCAGCAGCGCUGCCAGUUGUAUGGGGCCGAGAUUGAGAAGUUGCAGCAGCAGCUGGCAUCGGAGAAGGAAAUCCAGAUGCAGCUCCAGGAAGAGCUGCAGGACCUGCGGGAGAAGUACAUGGAGUGUGGGGGCAUGCUGACUGAGGCCCAGGAGGAGGUGAAGACCCUCCGCCAGCAAGCCCAGGUGUCCGCUGGCUCUGUCAUCCACUACACAUACACCAUGCCGCUGGAGGCACUCCCUGGCUUCCAGGAGGCCCUGGCUGAGGAGCUCAGAACGUCUAUAAGAAGGAUCGUAUCAGACCCCGUGUUUUUUAUGGAAAGGAAUUGUGAAAGAAUGGCAAGGAAGCCUUCAGACCUAGGAUACAAGCAAUGCUACCGUGAGGAACGACAGCAGCAACAGAGGUUCGAGGCUGAGGAGAGCUUGACGCCCGCAGAGGAUUUUGUGCCACCGGAAGAUUUCGUGCAUGCGGCGGAGCUAGUGCCUGAGGAGGAGCUGGGGGCCUCAGAGGAGGUGGUGCCACCCGAGGAGGGGGUGAUGGACGAGGCUGAGCUGGAGGCGGAGGAGGCUGAGGCCUGGGAGGAGGUGGAGCCGGAUCUGGAUGAGGCAACUCAGAUGAAUGUGGUCGCCUCAGCCAUGGAGGCCAGCAACUUGGGCCCCUCUCACCUGGACAUGAAGUAUGUCCUCCAGCAGCUGGCCAACUGGCAGGAUGCCCAUUGCAGGCAGCAGCUGAGGCAGAAGAUGCUCCAGAAAGGUGAGUGCUCCCGUGGGGGCCUCCCUCCAGCCAGCCGGACAAGCUGCAGACUGUCAAGCCGAUGA